AUGCUCAAGAAAUUUUUCGGCAGUGUAGCCGAUAACAAGAAAGAUCUCGAACACUUUGCGAUGAAAGAACUGAAUGAUGAUUUUCCUCCUGGUGCUUCAUCGUCUCCCACAAGCAUGCCGAAUACAGAAUCUCCAACAAACAGCACCAACAAUAAUGUAAAACCAUUCAACAACAUAAUUAAUAAUAAUAAUAAUAACAACAAAACUUCGUCUCCUUUUUCACCUAGAACAACAACAAAUUUUCCCUCACAACAACAACAACUUCAUCAACUCCCACCCACCAUUUCUACUAGCACUGCCAAGUCCUAUGCAAGCACUCCGACGACUGCCACAACACCCAGUGAUCUUCAACGAAGGAUUUCUCUUGCACUCACUUCAUCUCAACAACAGAAGGAAUCACCGACUGCUGCUCAUAUUUUGCUCACGGAAAGAGGAGCUUCUAUGCUUCACCUUUCUGCUCAUCAUCAUAGAAAUUCAUCAUUGUCAAGUUUGUUGGAUAGUAAUGGUAAUUUAUUAGAAACCCUUUCUGCAGCAGACGAUGAAGUUAAUGGGAUGAACAACAAUGAAAGCCUCACCAACAAUCCAACAACUAACACGGGUAGUGGUAAUUUGAAAUUACCAGAACUGGUUGGUAUUGCUCCAGGUAGUCCCGAUUUGUUAGAGGCUUUUGUGGCAGCCGAGAGUGAUAGCGAUGAUGAGGAAGCAAUGACGCCAAGAGGUACAUUCAAUGGAGGAGCCUCCAAGAAUGGCAGUAAUAAUGAACAACAACAAUCACAAGACGACAACGGUAUCAACACUCCAGUGCUCAAAGUAGAUCGAACAGACACUUCCGAGCAAAAUUCAUCAGCACAACAAACUCUAUCAACAAACUCUCUUUCGGGAUUAACAAUAGGUUCCAGACAUUCAUCCAAGGAUGCACUGGCCUCUGUAAGCACUCCCAUGAGUGCCCGAAGUUUGGCCUCCAUGUUAGAUCAAUUCAUGGAUGAUCACUUGGCUUCUCCAAAUACCUCAAGUUUUAUGAUGGUUGAGAGUGGAGAACGAAGAUUGAGCUUGGAUGAGACACAAACAAGUUCAUCAUCUAAAAUUGAUAUUGAGCCAGUUCCAAGAGCAUCUUUGGAUAACAGUUCUACCGGAGUUUCUAAAAACAACGGCCAUUUCCCAAAAAUUCAUGGCUCUGCAUACCUUCAAAAUGAAGAGGUAUCUACCUCGUCACCUUUAUUAACAAACACUAGUGGAUCUGUAACUCCAUCUCUCCAAACACCAGUACCUCUAAAACAUAAACGAACAAAGAGCGUAGAUUCUUCACAUCAACAAGAUACAUCAACAGUCGGAAAAGCUUCGCCUACAAUCACAAAAACAGCAACAACAGCGAAUCUUCAGAAUAUUGUUAAAACUCCAAACAAAUUUGCAGUUCCACAAAAUGAAACUCCAAUCUACAAAUCGUUCAAAUAUACAGAUGAAGAAGGAAAAGAAUAUCAUUAUCAAGGAACUGUUUUGCCAAGCACAAACGAAAUGCAUGGUAGGGGCGAAUUAUUGUUUCCUAAUAAGACCAUCUAUGAAGGAGAUUUUGACAAAGGAAAAAAACAUGGAUUUGGAAAAAUUAUUUUUCCAUCCCCAAUUCCAAAGAAACCACCAACCAUCGCAAUCGGUCAAUGGGAUAAUGAUGUACCUUCAAGCGAAUUACCUUGGAAAAUUUCAUAUGAUGGAGAGGAAAUGGAAUAUUGGGGAUAUGUAAAAUUGAAACCAAAAAGUGUUGGAAAAAUAAUGUAUACUCUUGAUGAUUUUGAGAGAACCCAAGAGGGAGAGCUAUAUUGUAGCAAGACCAACACCAAGUACUUUGGCUCAUUUAAACACAAUCAAAAAUAUGGAUUUGGAGUUGAAAUUUAUCCAAAUAUUGCAGAAAGAUAUUGUGGAGGAUGGAAACAUGACAUGUAUCAUUAUUUUGGAACUUAUCAUUAUAGAGAUGGCACGUACUUCCAAGGAAUGUACAAGAAAGGACAAAGAAAGGGUAAAGGAAAACUUUAUUUACCUAAUGGAGACAUUAUUGAAGGUUUUUGGUAUGGAGACAACAAAGUUGAAGGCUGCACCUACUACAAGGGAACCUGUAAAAAUGUUCAAUUAACAAACCUUCAUAUGCUCCAAUUCCAAAUUCAAGAAUCAAUGAAGUUAUACGAGAAUAUGGGGCACAUGGAUGAAUUAGCUAUGAGUAUGUACGACCCAGAAUGUGUAAAACCUGCAUCUGAUUUGAAGUGGACUCAAUAUUUGGUGCUUUUUAGGGAUGAUUGGAAAAAAGAGCGGUACGCUCUUUCAAAGAAACUAGUCAGCAAAAGUUCUACCAGAUAUGAGCUAAUGGGAAUAUCUUCCGUGUCUGCACAGUUCGACAGAUUAAGGAAAGCUUUUACAUCUAUUCUUACGCAGUUAUUGACAGGAACCUUUUCUGAUAUUUCUGCCUCUGCUUUAGAUCCCAGUUUCAAGUUUAUAUCCAAUUUUAUUGCAUUCUUUGUCAGCAUAUUCUGUGGAAGUUACUAUAUCGGAUCGAACUCAAAAUCAGUUUCUGGAAAGCAUCAAGCCACACUGCUCUAUCAUGCGAUUGACGAUACAAAGAGUUUUAUCAUGUUUUUAUGUGACAAAGUGUUGUGGGACUUUUUCGUACGAGAUGUCUUCUCGGUGGCUCUUACUGCAGAUGUUCCAAACUCGGAACAACUAUUGGUAGAUAUUGAAAAGGAGUUUUAUCCAAUUUGUAGAAACUUAAUUUCAAAUACCGUUCAUGAAAAAUUGUUUUCAACGUUAUUUGAACUUUACAACUAUCACUAUCGUGAUAGCGAUUUACUCAUGAAUCAAAAGAUUAGAUCUCUUCAAGGUUGUACCAUAUCAAUGUUUGGUGUCGCACCAGAAUUUGCUCCAUUACCACCCUCAGACAUGAAUCUUGUAUUUUACGAAUACAAACAAACAAGCGAUAUUCCAUAUGAAGAGACAAUCAAACUAUUAGAUCAAAUAAGAAAUGCAAAAUCAGUAAUUGCUAAAAUUGAAACUCUCUCUAAAGUUAGAACACACGCCAUGCAAACAAUGAAAAAAUAUAGAAAAGCACAUAAGCGAAAGGAGGCAUAUUUGAAUUAUCAGUCUUCAAAUGAAGUUUAUGACAUGGAUAGAAACACAAAACCAACUACAAAGGAGCCGUGGUGGAACGCAGAGCUCGAGAAACGAUGUGAGGAGUGGCAAGCAGGAGCUGAUGAUGUCACAUCUGUGUAUAGUUAUAUUUUCAGCAAAUCCAGCAUUGACAAUUUUACUGCUACUUUCCACUAUGUUAAUGACUGGAAGUCAGAACAGGUGAAUUUCGAUCCAGUCAGUCACAUAAUACGAUUUUAUGAAGGCUAUUUAUCAUAUAUUCAAGAUAUAGACCCAAAUAUUUUGCAUGAUGGCCAAUUUAUUUCCAAGUACUCUCUGACUAGCUCCUUAGAGUCCGCUAUUGAAGGACGCGUUCUUGUGUACCGAGAUAAGAAUUUACCAUUCUUCUGGUUACCGAGCUUGUUGGUCCAUGUUGGUCUGGAAAUUGGUAAAACCGUCGCAAAUUCAGCAGCCGCUAUUACCAAAUCAUCUUCCCUUAGUAUUUCAAAUAUUACCAACAUUACUAAUAUUACUGCUGGCUCAAUUUUGAACCUUUUAGCUUCCUUAAAUCCAGCCACUGCUAUGACCUCUACGAAAAACGAGUCUGCUCAAGAUUCUAAAAUGAGUUUUAAUCCCUUCACGAGAAAGUUGAUACUUCCAAGUAAUCUGGAAGUUGUUGAUAUCAGCAAUCAGAAUUUAGUUCAAUCGAUUAUCAAAUUCUAUGAUCUGGUUCGACAAACUUUAGGUGCCAGCUCAAUAGGUUUCAAUGUAGAGUUGAAAAAGAAUGAGGAGACAGGCAACAAUGAUGUCAUUGUGGUGUUUGACAAGCUCUAUCCAAGCUAUGUCUACUCUGAGAUUGCACUUGGUGUGACUCGUUACAUCAAAUACGAACUUCAGAACAUUAUCAUUGUUUAA